AUGCCUCCCUCUAGUACACCCCCGUAUACGCUACACAGGCGCUACCUUCACACCAAAUCACGCCGUCCUCUCACCCUUCGCUACAUCGGGCCUCUACCUCCCUCCAGUGACCCCUCGUCUUCGUUCACAUCUGAACAAGUUUGGCUUGGUAUAGAGUACGACGAUCCGAAAUUGGGGAAGCACUCUGGGACAUUCCAAGGUAUUCAACUAUUCGACACGCGAGAGGAAGGAAGCGGUGCUUUCUUGAAAUACCAAACGGGGAAAGAGCUCGUGGAAGGCAAGAGCCUCGUAGAGAGUUUGGAAGAGCGUUACGGACUCCUCGAUCCAGCAUCACAAACAGACUCUCAAGAAAGUGAGGGCAAGGAUAAAGAAGAAAUUAUACUAGGCUCCUCGAAUGGCAAUAUCGUCGUCGAGGCAAAAUACCACAAGGCGCGUCAAAGGCUCAACAACUUUGAGAAACUGCGUAAUAUUGGUUUUGGUACGGAGUCCAUCAGUCGACUAGGAGGGAAUGAGGGGGUAAAGGCAAAGAUGAAGGAGAGGCUGAAGAGCGUGAAAUGGUUGGGACUGGAAGCAAAUCUUCUGGGAAGCUGGGAAGAGGUCGCGGAUAUUGCCAGCUGUUUCGAAGGAUUGGAAGUCCUGACUCUGAGUCACUCCAGGUAUGAUCCCUUGCCCAACUCGGGACCAACGAAUGGAAAUGCUUUCAGUAGAAUCAAAGAACUCCAUCUUUCCGACUGCUCUCUCCCUUGCACAGAGAUCCCUGGCUUGGCACGCCUCUUCCCGGCACUAGAAGUGCUUCAUUUGGAAGCCAACAGGACUUUGCGCAACUUGGAUUGCCAUGGGGGAGAAGAGGUACUCCUGAGCGCGUGGAAGGUGUUUAAAGAGAUCAAGCUUGGUGGAUGCCCGCUCGAGAGCUGGGACACAAUCAUGAAUUUCAUAGCGCAUUUCGGCAGUCUGGAGUCACUGGAUCUAUCGUUCAUACCCGUCACUGCCAUACCUCGGUCUUCGGCACGAUUCCCACAUAUCACUCGUCUUACCCUUCUAGGCUCGUCACUUACCUCUUGGGAAUCCAUCGACGCUCUUCCCUCCCUCUUUCCUAGCCUAACCUCAUUCCGCUUCUCCCUCCCGGAUACCCCUCAUGAGUCAGAUGCGCCAGCACCGCCUGAAACCCCUUCCUUAUCCGUCAGUCAUCAAACAUCUCUUCAGAGGUCCAUAAUAAUCGCAAAAAUCCCCGGGCUUUCCAUCUUCAACUCCACUCCCAUCACGAAAGGGGAGAGGAGAGAUGCAGAGAUGUUCUAUUUGGGCUACGUGGAGAGGUAUCUGGAAACACAUCCCGGGGAGGAAGGGAAGUGGGGGAGGUGGGACGAGUUGGGUAGAUUGCAUGGAAGGGUCGAAAAGAAGGAUGGUGAUGGCGCCAAGAAGGCUGGAAAUGGAUUGAGGAAGAAAAUGAUCACUUUACAAGCAUACAAUGCCGACUUCUCCGGUGGCCCUUCUCCUAUAUCGCUCCUACCAUCCUCUCCUCUUUCCCUCCUGCAGCGCAAAGCAGCUCGUCUCUUCCAGCUCGAUCCCAAGGCGCGUAUACGCGUAUGGACAGUCCGCCAAGGUCAAGGAGGUCAGAAGGAAAGGGCAGUUCAUACGACAGGAGGCGACUUGAAAGAAGUCGGGUGGUGGUUUGAGGAUGGGGACGACGUGAUUGUGCAGGUUGCAGGGGAAGACGAGUUGUGGAUUGUAUAA